AAAUGUAGUCGACGAUUAUUCAAGACAGUCACACGCUCCAUAAGAGCACGAAGAGAUACAAGCAAACGCAACGUGUUCACUAUUAAAUAAGCUGAUAAGCAUAUGCUUACGUGGACGAUAAGGUAGUGUGGGUUUGCAUUUCGUAGGAGCAUUUAAAGUCCCACGUAAAACCUCGUGUAUAUUUACGCUAAAUGUCAGUGCCAUUGCGGGUUGUGUGGAUUCCAACAUCAUUACAGUGAACAUGAACAACGCAUCGCGUAAGGUGAAAAACCCAUUGUUGUCCGCUGCGGGUCCUGGUUUCCCCUUCGACAAUUACACGGAGAAUACAUUACUAGUGCCAGUUAACCCCGCGUCAGCUAUGCUUCGAGACGAUGCCGAGCUCGACAACUUCAUAGGACAGGAACCUAAUAUUCAAUUCCAGUCUCCAUUAAAGACGCAGGAGAACUUUCCCUCGGAUACAUCUUUUCAGUCAAAGGAAAAUAAGGAUACAGUGAAUCAGUCAGCAAAAUCAGGAUAUUUCACGACAAUCCUUUCUUCUCUACCGAAUUUAUCGCUGUCAUCAGUUAAAAAUGACGUUUUAGGAUCGCAAAUAAAUCAAACAAUCGAUAACACUUCAAGCGGAGUGAUACAUGAAUCUAAUCCUUAUAUAUCCCCACAAGGACAGCAUGGUUCUCAAUCAGAAAUACCAGGAUUCUUAGCGAUUAAUUCUCAGAAUCCUCAAAGCACGAACUUAUCAGGAUUUCCUGCUUUCGGUCCCACUGAUACUGUAUCGAAUCCUCCGCAGCCCGCAGCUCCACCCAAUUUAUCUCAACCUGGUUAUGCGCCCAUUUCUUAUCGCCUUGGAAAUCAACGACGCCUGAAGUAUGCGCCUCCACCUGAUUUGACGACCAACGCAAAGCCGAACCCAACGGUACAAACAUUUUUUCCUACUCAAAAUGUGUCUGCAUCGCCGACCAUUCUAAAUCCGUUUAAAUCGGAGGGAUCAGUACAGGAUAACAAUUCCAGCGUACAACAAACUAGUUCUUUACCUGAACAGCUUCCAAAGUUUGAGCCGCCAUCGGGGAACAGCUCUCUUCAUACAUCAUUUCGAUCCAAUUUAGUCACAACAGAAGCAACGUAUAACUCAUCUGUAGCACCCACAACUCAAAAUCAAUUUUCCGAAAGUUCUUCCCUAUCCACGCCAUCUCAAUUUGUUUCGUCAUUAUCAAGACCAAUACCUACGCAAAUAUUGGAGCCCACAACACCACAGAACACUCCGGCGAACAUCUCAUUCCCCGGCUUUACACCUUACGUGAAUCGAGAUAUCUUACCGACAUCUAAUUCAUCCAAUUUAGAUAAAGAAGUUGCUGCGUUUAAAAACCCAAAUCAACAAAAAUCAACGUCGGAAUUUUCGAGAGACAGUAUUCCCGAGACAACUACAGAAUCCGCACAUAAAUCGCCAUUGAUAACAAAAGAGACAAAAGCGAUAUUUACGCCGAUAUCAGCAGCCAAGGUGACAGAAAAGUUAGAACAUUUACUUGCAGAGCAAAAGGGAGAUUUUCCUUCAACAACUCCUGAAACAUUUUCAAAAAUUGAUGAAAUUACGUCUAGCAUUACUACUGAAUCAACGAAAUCUUUCGAACCGCAAAACGAGACGCCGCAGGCUACAAAUGAGUUCAUCGAUGAAUCAUACAAGGCGAAGUUAAAUGACGUUCAAGAGAAAAUCGCUCAGCCUGGAAGUGACACUUGGAGUGACGUAUUUCUUGGGCAAGAGCCAGCGGCGGAAUCGGUAAUCUGUCCAAAAGUACAUACGGCUGAUAACAAUUCCGUCGUGACAGAUAACCAAGCGGCUGAAUUGAGCACACAUUUGCCUCAAGAAUAUUUCCAAUUGCAAUCGACAUCUAUGCCAAGCUCUUUUUAUGCAGACAGACCUGCAGAUCAAAGAUCAAGCUUGAAUUACAUACCGCCUUCCGUUCAACUUCCGCAAAAUAAUUUUUACAAUCCGCCGAAACCAACGGAGCCUUCGGCAAGCGUGUUCUUUGAAUCGACAAAACCAGACGGAUUUUCCAAUUUUUGUCAAGAGAAGAAUAUAAAUUCUUCUUUUAGUCAACCAAGUACUUUAAUAGUUGCUACUACAAAUAAUCCGCAGCAGGUUCAAGAAAAUUUGACUUUUAAUUCUACAGCGGCUAAUUCCACAAUUCACGCACCAUUUUGGAAUGCCGAUCAAUCUUCUCAAUCGCAGGUGUUAAACACUAUAUCCAACCAGCCAGUAUGUACUGCGACGAGCCAAUCAUUGGCCCCAACAUUUUAUAAUCCUGCUCAAUUUACGAAUGAAUUAUCUAAACAACGAACUUUUUCACAUACAUACAGUCAACAAUCUUCUCAACAACAAUCGUAUCAAAAUCCAUCCUCGUAUGAGAAUAACAGUGGAUUACAAUCUUACACUGCUCAUGAAGAUAAUACCUCAUAUUCCGCAUUGCCUGCAGUCUCGAUGGUAACGGCAAUACCUGAACCGACGGGAUCAGCCACACUCAAUCCUAUUCAAAUAUCGGUUAAUGCGCCGAUUAAUCGUACUACGCCAGAUACUAUCCCACCGAGUUUUCAAAAUUUGGCUGCUGCAUCUUCCGAUAAACAUAUGCAAUACAGACCAGUAUAUCAACAUUGGUUCUACCGCAAAGAAGUGGAGAACAAAACACUAUGGCUUCCGUUCUCUAUGCAGGAUAGUUUAAAAUUAGAAGAAAUACAUAAUUCUACUGAUAUUACGCCUGAAACUACAGUAGCUACUGAAGGUGGUCGUUAUGAUGUCGAUAUUUUGCGUCGUCAAAGAGUGCCUGUAUAUUGGACCGGUGCAUCUACUGAAGUUCGGCGAUGUUCUUGGUUCUUCAAAGGAGCAAGCGAAUCGAGAUACAUUCCUUAUAAUGAGAGCACUGCUGUAAAGCUCGAGGAGGAAUACAAACAAGCAUGUCUUACAAACAAUUGGAAUCGAAGAAUUGAUCUGAAUAAUGGAGAAUAUGUUAUCUUCCAUAGCGCAACAGUCCAGGUUCACUAUCUACAACCAACUUCGCCCGAUUUGGCAGGAUCCUGGGGAAAUAGCGCAGGUUCAGAGGACAGUACAUAUUUACAGGGUUCUGCAAGUAGACCAAGAGUUGUUAAAAGAGGAGUCGACGAAUUCAACAUAGAGGAGGGUGAACCCGAGAAAGUAGAUCAUCUUCUAUUUGUCGUUCAUGGUAUAGGCAGUGUUUGUGAUCUGAAAUUCCGCACUGUAGAAGAAGUUGUCGAUGAAUUUCGAAGUAUAUCACUUCAAUUGGUGCAGUCACAUUACCGCACUACGAGCGAGCAAGGAAUCGUAAACAGAAUAGAAGUUUUGCCAAUCUCUUGGCAUACAACACUUCAUUCCGAGGAUACGGGAAUCGACAAAAAAUUGCAAUCUAUUACAUUGGAGAGUAUUCCAAAGUUACGGCAUUUUACUAACGAUACCUUACUCGAUAUACUUUUCUAUACUAGUCCUGUAUAUUGUCAAACUAUUAUGCGCACCGUCGGAAGUGAGAUAAAUAGAUUGCAUUUUCUAUUCAAAGAAAGAAAUCCUACCUUUGACGGAGAAAUAUACUUAGGUGGUCAUUCAUUGGGCAGUUUAAUUUUGUUCGAUCUACUGUGCCAUCAAAAACCUGUUAAGAAAGAAGAAGAAGAAAACGAGAAAAACGAUGAUAAUACGGACGAUAAUAGUGACAGGGAAGGCGAAAAUGACAGUAUUGGAUCCAUUAAGCCAAUGCCAGCAGCCGUUCUGAAAAGACAUCAAAGUAGAAGAAUCAGUUAUGUUGUAACGGGCGCGGCAGGAACUGGCCAACCUUAUAUACAUUAUCCGCAACUCAAUUUUCACCCGCGUGCCUUUUUUGCUCUCGGCAGUCCGAUUGGCAUGUUUGUAACUGUUCGCGGAAUUGAUACUCUCGGAGAAGAUUUUGCACUACCCACUUGUCCGGCUUUCUUCAACAUUUUUCAUCCUUUUGAUCCGGUAGCUUACAGAGUAGAAUCCUUGAUCAAUCCUGAAGCUCAUAAAUUUCGACCUAUGUUGAUACCACAUCAUAAAGGCAGGAAAAGAAUGCAUUUAGAAUUAAAGGAAACGAUGGCACGAGUCGGAGCAGAUUUGAAACAAAAGUUAAUUGAUUCCGUGAAACACACGUGGAAUUCUUUUUAUCAGUUAGCCUUAUUUCACAAGCCAGACAAUCAAGCUUUGGAACGUGAGAUUGAUAAAGUUGUCGAAGAACAGUUACAGAAACAGCCUAGUGUACCAGAUCAACAUAACAAUGAUGAUAAUGGUGCCAAUUUAAAAAUAGGAAAACUUAAUCAUGGCCGAAGAAUAGAUUAUGUUCUUCAAGAAGCGCCUUUCGAAUAUAUUAAUGAAUAUAUCUUUGCUCUUACAAGCCAUAUCUGUUACUGGGAAUCUGAAGAUACUAUCCUCUUGAUUCUGAAGGAAAUAUAUGGAUCUAGAGGUAUUCAGACAGAUGCGCAGCUUCCUCAGCAGACAUUGUCAAUUGAGAGAAUGUCUCCUUCACCAUCUUUGAAUUUAGCAACUGCGUUGUCGAAUAAUGAAAGCAAUGCAGGAGCAUCUGUUAUGGGAGUAGAUCCUACAGUGCCCAUAUCCAGCAAAUCUGUUGGUCCACCACCUAAGACUGGUUUUGUACCAAAAUCAUGAUCGACAACACAUCUCUCGUAUCUUACUUUUUGAAUUUGAAUUAUAACAGAAAUAAAAUUAAUUUCUUUCUCAACGCGAUAAUAAAUCACAUUGAGAGAAGAAUUAAAUUUAUUUUUGAUAUUUAAAACAAAAAGAUUAGGCUACGUCUAACAUUGAUAUUGAAAAGGAGAAAUGGAGUAUAGAAAAAAAUCAAACUUUGUAUUUU